AUGGCCAGAACCAAGUCUACCGUCGCUAGAAAGUCCACUGGUGGUAAAGCUCCUCGUAAGCAAAUCGCCUCCAAGGCUGCCAGAAAGUCUGCUCCUUCCACUGCCGCCCCCGGUGGUGUCAAGAAGCCUCACAGAUAUAAGCCUGGUACUGUCGCUCUUCGUGAGAUCCGUCGUUACCAAAAGUCGACUGAGUUGCUUAUCAGAAAGCUUCCUUUCCAAAGACUUGUCCGUGAAAUCGCCCAAGACUUCAAGACCGAUCUCCGUUUCCAAUCUUCUGCCAUUGGUGCUCUCCAGGAGUCUGUUGAAGCCUACCUUGUCUCCCUCUUUGAGGACACCAACUUGUGUGCCAUCCACGCCAAGCGUGUUACCAUCCAGAAGAAGGACAUCCAACUCGCUCGUCGUCUCCGUGGUGAGCGUAUCUAA